AUGCCCGCAAAUAGCACAGACGACCUUGAUAUCGCCAAGACAUUGGCAGAUAUUGCAAAGGGGGAGACCACGGCGUCAGCCCUGGAGGCCCAUCUCAACGCCCUGGAGGGCAAAGUUGACGAGCUACUCGCGAUAUUCGACAGUCAAUCUUCACCCCGAGAGGAUGUAAUAACCCGGAACCAAAAGCAGAACAAAGAGCGGGGAGUUGAGGUCAAGCCGGAGCGGAGACCUUGA